AUGUCCACUGUUAAGACACUCGGGGAGAGUAACGUCCCCAAGCUCGCCCAGGCAUCCAGUGCGGAAACGGUAUCCCAGCUAUGGUUCAAGACCAAACCUAUCAGUCGAAAGUUCUGUUACAGGGCGGUUCAACUUCAGCUGGAGACCAUUUCUUCCGACCAAGGCCACGACGAGUCCCACGGGAAUGUAUCUUGGAGUUGGUUCGAACUCGUCGUCUUCAAGGAUGGCCAAUCCGAGGAGCCUGUCAUAAAGAACGGGCAGCCGCUCGUCUGGAAGAGCCACAACAAUCGAACGGACCCUCUGGACACCAGGGCGGCCGAUUCUCUGCACUUUGGUAUUAUCUUUGAUCGAAGGCACGACCUUUUUGACUUGAUUGAAAUCGGGAAUGUCAUUGGAAUUCGCGUUUGUGCCAAGCACCCUGGAUGGAUCAACGAUGCUCAAUAUGGGCGCUUGCGGGCGAAAUACGUCCACUACGAUCUCUUUUCGCCGAUGGCCUGGCAUGUGGGAGAGGGUCUGGAAGCGAGCACCAAUGAGGCCGUUACUGACGGCGUCUACACCCUCACUCCGCCUACCGAGUGCCACCUAAUCUCCAAGACCGACGAGCAAACGGACGCUAUCUGGUUCACCACCCCAAUUCUGGACGAGAAUACGAUACCCAAGUUCCAAGAUAUUCAACUCUUUACCACCGCGCGACACCAAGGUGUGCUCCCAGAGGGGGCUACCGGUAUCUGGAGCUGGUUCGAUAUCGUGAUCCUCGAUACCCCCGAAUCGACACAACCCAAGGUGAAAGAUGGCCGUGUUCUGGUCUGGCUGAGCCAUGAAGUCCCUGCUGGCCAGCUUGGUGAUGUCGAACAAGACGGGAAACUAUUCGGCCCUGACCAUGAGAUCUUCACCCACCUUCAGCCCGGUAAUGUUAUCGCGGUUCGCCCAAGCACUCGGUUUGCAGGUUGGGAGUUACAUGCUCAAUCGGCAAGGCUGGUCGUGCGUUUGUCGAACAAGGGUCGCACCGGGGGUGUGCCCAGGUCUCAGGUUGACUGGGCCAAAGUCAUCAAGCGCAAUAAAGAUCUGCAAGCGGCGCUGGAACAAUACUUGACUAAAGCUACCUCCCAUAAGGAUCCUGCUGCAGUGUCGGUGGAAACGACCUUGCUCACUCAGGAGCUUCGUGCCGAUCGUGAUGAUAACUAUGGUGAAGGAGAGCGGCCACUACGCCUUCUUUCGCUCGAUGGCGGUGGAGUAAGAGGUAUUUCGGCACUUCAUAUUCUGAAAGAUAUCAUGGGCAAGGUCACUGGUGACAAGAACGCAAAGCCCUGCGAUUACUUCGACAUGAUGGCCGGAACUAGCACAGGAGGCUUGAUUGCUAUUAUGCUGGGUCGAUUGCGGAUGUCCAUCGACGAGUGUAUCGACGCCUAUGAAGACCUGGCGAGUGAAAUCUUUGGUGCUGGGCCAAUUUCCAAGGUCGUCAAUGGGGCGACCACUGGUGCUCGAUAUUCAGGCGACACUCUAGCCAAUGCUGUCAAGAAGGUCAUUGGCAAGCAUGCAGAGGGAAACAAUCCCGACGCGCCAAUGCUCGAUCCGGAGGAUGGAUGCAAAGUGUUUGUUCUGGCUUGCCGAGCAGACGAUCUCAGCAACAGCGUUGCCACUCAUCUCCGGACGUACACCAACAAGGAAGUCGAAAAGUCAUUCAACGAAUACAAGAUCUGGGAAGCCGCUCGGGCUACAUCUGCUGCACCAACUUAUUUCACCCGCAUCAAAUUGGGCGACCAUGAAUACAUUGAUGGCGGCGUAGGAUUCAACAACCCCGUGCUCUUGUUGAUGGGAGAAGCGCGUCUCUACUUUGGUUUUGCCCGUCCGAUUGGUUGUUUAGUCACCAUUGGAACCGGAAUGAACCCCAACGUCGUCCUCCCGGAUGUAAGCAACAAUCCCGUGGGCAAUAUCAUCACCACGGCUGGAACUAUCAAGAGCAUGUGGGAGCUUGUCACCACAAGCGAACACGCCAAUAUCAUGGCCCGCAACCUCCUCGAUUCCAACCUAUACUUCCGGUUCAACGUGGGCAAGAAACUCGUUGACCAAACUUGGAUAAAACAGGUCUCCCCGACAUUCUGGGAGAGAAUCUUUGGGAAGGAAGAAGAAGCCCAGAAGUACACAGAGGAAAACUGGGCCAGCUUGGAUAUCGCGUUGGAUGACUACAAGCAGAUGGCUGCGCUGGUCAAACUGACGUUGGAGUUUAUGACGAUUCCGGCGGAGAAUGACAGAGCGAAGAGAGCGGCUGAUAAGCUUCCGCCUAAGAAGGUUCCAAAGAAGAAAGCGUAG